UCAAACACACUUUCUUCUUCUUAACACUUUGUCACCUCUCUAAGCCUUCCUUUUAUUUUUACUUUCCUCCAUUUUGUUGUCUUACUUUUGAUCAGCAUGGAAUUUGAGCAGUCAGUAUUGAGAGAAAACAUAAGAGGCCAAUUAAGCAUAGACCACAACAAGGCUAAGAACUAUCAUAAUAGUAAUAUUCUUGAAACAAGUUCUAGUAAUGCUUCCUCUGUUGCUUCACAUGAAGAUUUGGGGAGUAGAAUUCAGUCAUUUCAUGUGAGAGAGAAAGCUGUUUCUAAGAGUGAAUCUGCAGAAAAAAAACUUUCUUGGCUACGUUCUCAGAUUGUUGGUGAAAAUGUGGAUUUUGAGACACCCUUUGGGAAACGUAGGCUCACUUAUGCUGAUCACACUGCCUCCGGAAGAUGCCUUUACUACAUUGAAAACUAUAUCAUCAAUAAUGUCCUUCCUUUCUAUGGCAAUAGUCACACUAGUGACAGUCACGUGGGAUACCAAACAACAAAAAUAGUGCAUGAAGCAGCAGCAUACGUGAAGAAAUGCUUAGGAGGAGGAGAAGAAGAUGCAAUUAUAUUUUGUGGUUCUGGUUCUACUGCUGCCAUUAAAAGGCUCCAAGAAGUCAUGGCUAUUUCUGUCCCUUCUACCCUCCGAGAAAAAGUCCUCUCUAAAUGCUUCCGCAACGAGACCAAAGAAAGAUGGGUAGUCUUUGUUGGACCUUAUGAACAUCACUCUAACAUCCUUUCAUGGAGACAAAGUUUAGCUGAGGUUGUUGAAAUUGGUUUGGACGAUAGUGGCCUUGUCGACAUGGAAGCUUUGAGGGUUCAACUUGAGUUCUACAAGUCUACAAAUAGGCCAUUGUUGGGUUCAUUUUCAGCUUGUAGUAAUGUGACUGGGACUUACUCUGAUACGAGAGCCAUCGCUCGUCUUCUUCACAAAAAUGGAGCUUUUGCUUGCUUUGAUUUCGCUGCGAGUGCUCCAUAUGCAAAAAUAGAGAUGAGAUCGGGAGAAAUUGAUGGAUAUGAUGCUGUUUUUAUUAGUCCUCACAAGUUUCUUGGAGGGCCAGGCACACCUGGAAUCCUUGUAAUGAACAAAGCACUCUAUCGGUUGAGGACUUCACCUCCAUCCACUUGUGGGGGUGGUACUGUUGAUUUUGUCAAUCCCUACAAUGAAAAGGACACCCUCUAUGUGGAUAAUAUUGAAGAAAGGGAGGAUGCUGGAACACCGCCAAUCAUCCAGAAGGUGAGAACAGCUCUAGCAUUUUGGGUGAAAGAAUUCAUAAGUCACAAAGUAAUUGAAAGAAUGGAGCACACCUACAUUGAGCUUGCACUACAAAGGCUUCUCCCAAACCCUAAUAUAUGGAUUUUGGGAAAUGUAACAGCCAAGAGACAAGCUGUGCUUUCUUUUCUCAUCUAUACCACAACUUACUCUUCACCAAGUGAUGGCAAUGGUGAAGGCAAUGAGCUUUACCUAUGGAGAGAGACUGGAAACAAGAAAGAUAAGCCUCUUCAUGGCCCUUUUGUUGCUAAGCUGCUGAAUGAUCUAUUUGGUAUUCAAGCUAGAGGAGGGUGUGCUUGUGCAGGGCCCUAUGGGCAUAGCUUGCUGAAGGUUGAUGAACCUCACUCUCUUGCCUUCAAAGAUGCAAUUGAAAUGGGCUUUACCGGGGUGAAGCCAGGAUGGACAAGGAUAAGCUUUCCCUACUAUAUGUCCAAGGAAGAAUUUGAGUUCAUUCUAGCAGCACUAGAAUUCAUAUCAAUUUAUGGACAAAGAUUCCUCCCUUUGUACAAUUUCAAUUGGAGGAGUGGUGCUUGGACUUUCAAAAAGAAAGCUUUGAAGGAGGCACUUAUGGCAGGGAGGGAUCACAAUUGCAACUUUUGUGGCUCACCAAUGAUGAAGGAAUUGAACCUAGGUGGUGGUAAUUGUCAUAAUGACACAAAAGAAGGAUGCAUUAAUAACAAAGAAGGCCUUCUUUGCAAGUAUGUAAAGUAUCUUGAGACAGCCAAGCGCAUUGCUAGCCUCCUUCCUAAGUUCCCACAUCAGCGCCCAAUACCUGAGGAACUAGACACUAAUCUCGUGUCCUUUAGAGUCUGAACUGCAUUAGCUCUACUCUCUGUCUCAAAUAAUAUAUAUGGUAUUAAACUUUGUCCAAUGUCUAGUUGGGAAAAUUUGAAUUUGAUAUAUAAUAAACUAAAGAUGGUAUGAGUAUAAAACUUUUAUUGAAAAA